GCCAGGGGAGGGGGCAAAUAAUCGCAAAAGCUCUUGUCUCGGCGACGAUCGGGACGAUCCGAGGGCCGCACCGCUGGCACCCGCCGCGACGGCAUGCAGGCCGCGCUAAUAUGUCUACGUCACCGGAUUGUAAAAUCCGAUCGCGAUAGAGAAAAGGACUGACGAAAAGGUGCCCGACGGUGGACCCGAGCUCGCGACGUUAUCAUCGGCGAAAGUAAAAAAGGGCGCGACACAUCCGAGAGAGAGAGAGAGAGAGCGCGAGGGAGGAGAGCCGAAGGAGAUGGAUGGAGUGGACGAGACGGAACGGGAGCUUGUGGUGGCGGGCGGUCGAGCAGAGCUCGCGCUGGGGUCUGGCAUGACGAUGGCCACGUGAUGUCACCAGAGCGCAUGCUCCGAGAACCGAAAGCUUCUUAAUCGUCUCUAAUCAUGCAGCUCCGGCUUUCGGCGACAGCAUCACAAGGGGCUACGGGGUUUGAUGAUGAUCCUCAUCCGGGCCGGCCGAUGACUCCUGGCAGCUUUGCCUGCAAUCAUCACGCCAACUGGCCAGGCCAUGCCGCGAGAUCCAGAUUCACCAACGACCCCCUCACGUCAUGCAAUUCCAUUCCAUGGACCCAACUUCUGGGUCACGAUGUCCGGCCUCCAGAUUCCCCAACACAAGCUCGAAUUUCUUAAAUCAAUCUAUUCUGGCCUCUACCUGAAGGCGAUGAGUAAAGAUCCAAGAGCGUGUAAUUGAUUGGGACCGGGGCAUUGCGAGCAGGAGAAGUUUCUGAUUCGUCUGAUUCGGGACAUGGAACACACAGAUCGCUUACCAUCUGCAAAAUGUCGUAUCAUAGCUUCAUAAUGAGGAUGGGGAAGGAAGAAGCUUCGGUUAUUCGGUUCGUCCUGAUGCUCAGGUGAGAUGGUUCCAUUGUUCUAUUGCUCCAUCAUUGGAUAUUGGUUCAAUUCAAGCCGUAAUGUAUCCGAGUGGACAUCAGUCUUCUUCACUUUCAGCUAUGAUUGUUAUUUCCUGGCCGUCGUGCCAGCAUUUAUGCCCCUUUGUGCAUCUGCCAUACUGGUGCGCAUACCAUUUAACCAGCCUGAGCUACUAAGUCUCUCCGAAUGCAGGCAUUCUAACAAGAAUCCCCUGAAAUAUUCCCUGGGACUUGCUCUUCGAUUUGCUUCCAAGAUUAUACUUGAUACUCUGCGGAAUUAUCGAGGUUGUAGAUCGUAAGUGUCUGUAUAAUUUUAC